CGAGCAGGCUUUGAUCUACAACAACAUGGUUCUCGAGGAUGACAGUACUCUUUUAGACUUCAACAUCUACAGGAACUCGACCCUCACGCUUAUGCGUAAGCGUAAACCAAGGCAAUUUAUUCCAAUAUACAUCAAGACCCUCACCGGAAAGAUCAUUACGCUAGAAGUCAAACCCUCGAAGACCAUCGAAGAGAUAAAAGCGAAAAUCAAGUAUGAGGUAGAUAUUCCGUGUGACGAGCAAGAGUUGAUCUUCAAUGAAAUGGUUCUACCAAACAGCGAUUCCCUUGCCGAGCUUCACAUCAACAAGGAAUCCACACUCACAGUUAUGCGUUUGUCAAAGGGAUUCAUGCGUAUAUUCAUCACGACCGCUACUGGAAGGACCAUUACAUUGGAUGUCAAACCUUCGGAAACCAUCCACGAUGUGAAAUCGAAGAUUCAGGAUAAGGAAGGUAUUCCCCCGGACCUGCAGAGACUGAUCUGGAGCGGAAAACUACUUAAUGAUAGCGCUACCCUUGCCGACUACCACAUCUUAGAGGAAUCAACCUUACGUUUGAGUUUUCGCAACUUAAAUACACCCGUUACGUUACUCAUAGUGGUGCAUAAGUAUCUCUCGUUCCAAAAAAAAAAAAAUAGAGGGAAAAGCAGAGGAAAAAUGGCGGAUAAGGGCAAAGGGGGAAAACGAAAAGCCGUCGGAGAUGAUGGGUCUGGUAACCGGAAGAAAAUGAACACCAGUUGUAACGUCGAUGAUGUUGAAGUCGAGGAGGAGAACGACUCUAGUGACGAUGAUGUUGAAGUGGAGGAGGAGAACGACUCUAGUGAGGAUGAUGAUGUUGAAGUCCAAGAAAACGGUUAUAGCGACGAUGACCUUUUUAAUAGUGACGAGAUUAAGAUCAAGAUUGCCGCCACCGGAAAGAUUAUCGUUCUUAAAGUCAACGGCUCCGACACUGUUGGCAGCAUAAAACUCAAGAUCGCGGCUGAGGAACAUAUUCCGUUUGACCAGCAGGAACUCAUCUUCAACGAAAAGGUUCUUAAAAACUUCAAUGCCCUUGCUAACUUGCCCAUCAAAAAGAAAUCCAUCCUCACACUUAUGCGUAAAUCAAGUGGAUUCAUCAAUAUAUCCAUCAAGACUCCAAAAGGAGAGAUCAUCAAGUCUUUGGCAGUCAAACCCGCAGACACCGUUGGCGACGUGAAAGCUAAGAUUUAUGAUAAUGCGCAUUGGCAUGGGCUUGUGGAUGUGCUGAUCUUCAAUGAAAAUGUCCUUGAAGAUAGUGGUAUUCUUGCUGACUUGCACAUCGUUGACGGAUCAACUCUCACUGCCACUGGUAAUUCAGUUGAAUUGAUGAAAAUAUUUGUGAAUACCUUUACUGGAAAGACGAUCUCUUUGUUAGUGAACCCUGAAAACACCAUUGAGGAUGUAAAAUGGAAGAUCAAGUGUAAGGAGCAUAUUCCUUGCGACGAGCAGGCUUUGAUCUACAACAACAUGGUUCUCGAGGACAACAGUACCCUUUUAGACUUCAACAUCUACAGGAAAUCGACCCUCACCCUUAUGCGUAAACCACCAAGGCAAUUCAUGUCAAUUUUCAUCAAGACCCUCACCGGGAAGAUCAUUACUGUGGAAGUCAAAUCCUCGGAGACCAUCAACAACAUAAAAGCCAAGAUCAAGUACGAGGUAAAUAUUCCAUGUGACGAGCAAGAGUUGAUCUUCAAUGAAAUGGUCCUCCCCAACAGCGGUACCCUUGCCGAGUUUCACAUCAACAAGGAAUCUACACUCACACUUAUGCGUUUGUCAAGGGGAUUCAUGCAUAUAUUCCUCAAGACCCUCACCGGAAAGACAAUUCUCUUGGAUGUCAAACCCUCAGAAACCAUCCACAAUGUGAAAUCCAAGAUCCAGGAUAAGGAAGGUAUCCCCCCAGACCAGCAGAGACUGAUCUGGAGCGGAAAAAAAUUGGAGGAUAGCGCUACUCUUGCCGAUUACCACAUCCCAGAGGAAUCAACCUUCCAUCUUGUUUUACGUUUAAGGGGAGGGAUGAUGAAGGUGGUAGGUUAGAGCAGGAUAUCUUAUGAUCCAUUAUUAUGGUAAGAGACGAUGUUUCUGUCUUUUGAUGUAGUUCUGUUUUGUAAACUUGUUGGCUGCAAGUGUUUGAAUUAGUUGGAAAGGCUACACUAUAUAAGAGUGUUUAAAAUGUUGAAUGGUCUA